CCCGGAUGGAACGUGUACCGUUUGUAUAGUUGGGACAUACCCUAUGGAGGUUUAUACAUUCAAGCGGUCGAUUAUUUAGACAUAUAAUACUUAUUAUAUUUUUUAUGGACGGUAUUUUAGGACAGGCGGGGGAUACGAAACACAGACAAUGCAGACGGGGCAAAGUACAAGUAAUUGAAUGACGUUCAGGGGUUACUGGUAGGGCGGUUGUCGACAAUGUAGGCAUGUCACGUGUUAUGUGAAUAGCGUUUCAGUAAGCGGUGACAUACUUUCCAGCGGACGAUCGACUUCGGCUUGUACACACGCAACUGAAUUAUACUUGGGCAACGCACGCCAGCUGGGGGAAUGGCAGCAUUGGUUUCUUCUACUGAGAUCCAGGUUGCAGUAGCAACCUUUAUUGCCUCCUUCGCAACAAUCAAGUUAUUCAGAUAUCUGACAAGUAAUGACAAGCCUGCCCCUGGACCAUGGGGGUACCCGUUUCUAGGACACCUGCCUCUCCUGGGAAAAGAGCCUCAUGUCACCUUCCAAAACCUACGAAAGAAAUUUGGGGAUGUUUUCCGUAUUCAACUGGGUAGCUGGCCAGCCCUCGUUAUCAAUGGAAAGGAAGCAAUUAAGGAGGCAUUGGUAGAUAAAGGUGACGCUUUUUCUGGACGGCCUCAGUUCUUCACAACAUCCUCGGCUGUUCUCUGUGAUGGGCCGAGUCUAGGCUUUGGUACAUUUAACCAGGAAUAUAUACGCCACCGAAAAAUUGCUAAUAAAGUCCUUGCAGCAUUUGCAAAUGCCAAAUCCAAUCCAAUUGAAGAAGCCAUCUACAGAGAGGUCGAUACAGUAAUCGACGCCUUUGCUUCCAAGAGAGGGAGAAGUUUCUGUCCACACGAUGAGGUGUUUCUUGCGACGGGGUGCAUCAUCUUCCAGAUCUGCUAUGGUCGACAGGAAGACGUCAGGGAUAGCAAAGACUUCACAGAAUUCAUCCUGCAAUCUAAAGACAUCACCGAGGCGGUGUCGACAGGAAAUCCAAUUGAUGUUUUUCCCUGGCUCCGAUUUGUGAUUCCUUGGACACUUUCCAAAUUUCGCAAAUUAAUCAAGCAUUCCAUUGAUUCGCGUAGGAGAAAAGUGGAAGAACAUCGGAACACCUUUGAUCCCAACCACCUCCGUGACGCCACUGAUGGGUUCUUAGAAAUCGUCAAUAGUAACGGCGAAGACGUGCAGGUGUUGGGCAGUGGCCGGAUUUUUUCAACAAUUGACGAUUUAUUUGGUGCAGGCUUUGGAACGGUAGCUAACACAAUGGAAUGGGCGACCUUGUACAUGGCUGACAAUCCAGAAGUUCAGGCGAAGGUUCAGCAGGAGAUUGACGACGUUGUGGGGCAAUCUCGGAGGCCAACGCUAGAAGACCGGGGAAAGAUGGUGUACACUGAGGCCUGUAUACAAGAAAUCAUGCGCAUCAUAGCGCUAGUCCCUCUAUCCCUACCGCACUAUUCAACAACUGACACCACAUUUCAAGGUUACACCAUCAAGAGAGACACCAUCGUCUUCAUCAACCUCUACUCCAUGAGCCGCGACCCUGACGUGUGGGGGGACCCGGAUGUUUUCCGCCCUGAACGUUUCCUUGACUCUUCCGGUCAGAUCAACAAGGCUCUCCUGGGGGAGUUCCUGCCGUUUGCUACUGGUAGGCGGAAGUGCGUUGGCGAGUUCUUGGCCAGGAUGGAAAUAUUCCUGUUCUUUACUGGACUGUUGCAGAAGUGUUCCCUCAACAGACCUCCAGACAUUGCCGAAUACGACUAUGGGGUUGGUGUUGGGUUCGUUAGAUGUCCAAAACCGUUUGACGUUCAGGUGACAUUGAGAUCUUAAUUCGCCAUAGGUGUUUUUAACGCAUGACAUACGCCGAUAGUUGAUGACACUUAAAAUAGUGAAUCCUUGUCAUGGAAGAGCAUGUUUUUUGGUAUGAAGCUUUCUUACCACACAAAACAUUACAAUAGACAAUAGGUGGUAUGCAUAUGAUUGAAAAUGAUAAAUGUUUGUCUAAACUUCUUUGUUCUGACAUGAAUAUGCAGUAUACUACGGUUAUAUCGAACUUAAAGGGACUGCUUUUUUCCUUCGUUAUAACCAAAACUCUUUGAAAGCAUAUAUACAGCACAAAAUCCGCUUCGUUUUAUCCGUAAGUUCAUUACAAGCGUUUUUGUUAUAAACGUAGUUUACUGUAUUUAAAUUUUGACUUGCUUGCGAACUGAUCAAAAUAUUAUUUCAUUUCAUUGAACAUUUGAGUCAGACCUUUACGAGAGAUAUGUUGAUAUAUGUGUCAGCGAUUUUGACAGAAUCAGUACAGCCCUAAGAUCGACCUAUGGUUGAUUCGAUAUAUUUUCUUGUACCCCCAGGACUACAAGAGAAUGAUAUUUCACCGCAGAUAUUUUAAAAUUGUCAAAACACCGUUUCCAUUUCAUAUAUGUAGUGAUUUGUAGCCAAGUGUUUCCGUUUCGUUAAUAUCAUACAUCAUCAACAAAUUGUUGAGAUAGAUGUUUGUCUGUAUAAACAAACACAUCUUCCCGAGGCAGGUGAGUUAACUGACGAUAAAAGUCCAGUUUCCACCCUUGCCAAACUAGGCUGGUAACAUGGAGUUACAUUUUGGCUGGACUAACGAAUCUUUGCAUAGUCCAAUCACAAUCACGCAACGAAAUGAUUCAGUUUUCGGUCGAUUGCAAUAUUUGCAAGCAUGUGCACCGCCAACUCGUUGUCAACAGUUAUUUGCCAAAACUUUUCAUGUUUUUAAUCAAGGUGCUCACCUGAUUUGAUGCACUUCGCGAUGUAA